UUGAGAUAGGAGAAAGGAAAAAAAAUAAAUGGGUUCUAGUCUUCCUGCAUCACCAGCAUUGUCAAUGGCUAUGAUUUUCUUUUCAACUUGCGCGUUCUUUUGUGUACUGCCGCAGCUAGCAGUGGCGAAGCAUGCAGGGGUUACCAGGCACUACAAGUUUAAUAUCAAGUCUCAAAGUGUGACCAGACUUUGUCAAACGAAGAGCAUUAUAACCGUGAAUGGGCAGUUUCCUGGGCCUAAAAUCAUAGCAAGGGAAGGCGACAGGCUAGUGAUCAAGGUGGUCAAUCAUGUUCAGAACAAUGUCACACUUCAUUGGCAUGGAAUCAGGCAAUUAAGGAGUGGAUGGGCAGAUGGACCUUCAUAUAUAACUCAGUGCCCAAUUCAGACAGGGCAGAGUUAUGUUUAUAACUUCACCAUCACUGGCCAGAGAGGCACACUGUGGUGGCAUGCCCACAUCUCUUGGCUUAGGGCAACCCUCUAUGGGUCUAUUGUCAUUCUCCCUAAGAAACAUGUGCCUUACCCAUUCCCCCAACCCUUCAAAGAAGUCCCCAUCGUCUUUGGAGAAUGGUGGAAAGCAGAUACAGAAACAGUGAUCAACCAAGCCACGAAAACAGGGUCAGGACCAAAUGUCUCUGAUGCCUACACCAUCAAUGGUCUUCCAGGGCCUUUGUAUAACUGCUCAGCGAAAGAUACAUUCAAGCUCAAGGUGAAGCCUGGGAAGACCUAUCUGAUUCGUUUGAUCAACGCUGCACUAAACAAUGAGCUGUUCUUCAGCAUUGCUAAUCACACUUUCACUGUGGUCGAAGCCGAUGCAGUGUAUGUGAAGCCUUUUAAUACCAAAGUUGUUCUCAUCACACCAGGACAGACCACCAAUGUCCUAUUGAGAACCAAAUCCAAGUCCCCAAGUGCCACAUUUGUCAUGGCAGCUAGGCCUUAUGUCUCCGGCCCAGCUGCCUUUGACAACUCUACCACCACAGGUCUACUUCAAUAUGAAACUUCUGUCUCAAGCAACCAUGACAAAAACAAAAACAAGAACAAGAAGAAGCUGCCUCUUCUCACACCAGUGCUUCCAAAGCUCAAUGACACAAUGUUCUCAAUGAACUACAACAUGAAAAUCCGCAGCUUGGCCAAUCCCAAAUUUCCAUCUGCAAGCGUCCCCAAAACCGUGGACAAAAACUUCUUCUUCACAGUUGGUCUGGGACUAAGUCCUUGCUCAAAUAACCAAAACUGCCCUGGCCCAAACAACACCAAGGUCGCCGCGGCAAUCAACAAUGUAUCAUUUGUGCAACCUAAUACUGCCCUCCUCCAAGCACAUUUCUUCAACAAAUCAAAGGGUGUGUACACCACAGAUUUUCCAGCCAACCCACUAGUCAAAUUCAACUACACAGGUACUCCACCAAGCAACAUUGCUGUGAGCACUGGGACUAAGGUUGCAGUGCUGCCAUUCAACACUAGAGUGGAGCUUGUUCUGCAAGACACUAGCAUUAUUGGGGCUGAGAGCCACCCACUUCAUCUUCAUGGAUUCAAUUUCUUUGUGGUGGGCUUUGGUUUUGGAAAUUUCGAUCCUAAAAAUGACCCUAAGAAGUACAACCUUGUCGAUCCUGCUGAGAGGAACACAGUUGGUGUGCCCUCUGGUGGGUGGGUUGCGCUACGCUUCCUUGCUGAUAAUCCAGGCGUUUGGUUCAUGCACUGCCACUUAGAAGUGCACACCAGCUGGGGAUUGAAGAUGGCAUGGGUUGUCACCGACGGAAAGAAGCGCCACCAGAAGCUGCCUCCACCUCCCUCAGAUCUUCCCAAAUGUUAAGAUCAGGACGUGCUCAUAUAUUUUGUUUGGUUUUGUUGUCUUGUCUUGUCUUGUUGCUCCUCAAAAUAGGGUUGUGUUUAGAAAGGUUUCCAAGGCUUUUAUAGGCCAAGACAGUUUGUUGAAUUAGUGAUGUUUCCCAUCCUAUGAAAGAAGUACUGGGUGGGAGUUUUGACUUUUGCAUGUAAUGCCUGUGAUUCUUGUACUGAAUGCAAUUUAUAGAUCAUCAUGUUUCGUUCUAA